CGCUCCGCUCGUCCGUCCGUCCGUCCGUCGGGCUCGUCCCCGCGCGCGUGGGACAGCAGCGGCCGCGGGGGCGGGCGGCUUCGGCGGGAGCUGUGCACGGCGGCGGUGGCGGCGGCCGAGGCGGCAGCUUGGCUGACGCUAGUCAGGCCCAAGAAGACCAAGAGAAUUAUUUCAGAAAAAGUGCCGGUUUGCUAGAAUGUCAAGGAACCACGAAAACCUGGAGCACUCCUUACUCUGAAGAGGCCUGGGUCUGCAGGAACUGUGCAGACUUGCCCGGGGAGCUUUGCCAAACCGUCCUGUGCCCCACUGCUCCAGACUUGGACCUGUUUGGGACUCUCAUGUGGAUCUAGGGGGAAUGCUUUACUAUGGCUGCCGUUGUCCAACAGAACGACGUAGUAUUUGAAUUUGCAAGUAACGUCAUGGAGGAUGAACAGCAGCUUGGCGAUCCUGCUAUAUUUCCUGCUGUCAUUGUGGAACAUGUUCCUGGCGCUGAUAUUCUCAAUAGUUAUGCUGGUCUAGCCUGUGUGGAAGAGCCUGAGGACAUGAUUACUGAAAGUUCAUUGGAUGUUGCUGAAGAAGAAAUCAUAGACGACGAUGAUGAUGACAUCACCCUUACCGUUGAGGCUUCUUGUCAUAAUGGAGAUGAAACCAUUGAGACCAUUGAGGCUGCGGAGGCACUCCUCAACAUGGAUUCUCCUGGCCCUGUACUGGAUGAAAAACGAAUGAAUGGGAUUCCUGAAGUGAUGGAAAAUCAGCAAGUACAGGAGAUAAAUGCAGACUCCCCAGGAGCCUCAUCCCCAGAACAACCUAAAAGAAAGAAAGGAAGAAAAACAAAACCACCACGACCAGAUUCCCCGGCCACUACACCAAACAUAUCAGUGAGAAAGAAAAGUAAAGAUGGGAAGGGAAACACAAUUUACCUUUGGGAGUUUUUACUGGCUCUGCUUCAGGACAAAGCUACCUGUCCUAAAUACAUCAAAUGGACACAACGAGAAAAAGGCAUUUUUAAGCUGGUCGAUUCUAAAGCAGUGUCUAGAUUGUGGGGCAAGCACAAAAACAAACCUGAUAUGAACUAUGAGACCAUGGGACGAGCACUCAGGUACUAUUACCAAAGAGGUAUUCUUGCAAAAGUGGAAGGUCAGCGCUUGGUGUAUCAGUUUAAAGAAAUGCCAAAAGAUCUCAUAUACAUAGAUGAUGAGGAUCCAAGUUCCAGCAUAGAGUCUUCGGAUUUCUCCUUAACUCCAACAACCACAUCAAGUCGAAAUCAAGCAAACCGAUCAAGAGUAUCUUCAAGUCCGGGAAUAAAAGGAGGGGCCACUACAGUUCUGAAACCAGGGAAUUCUAAAGCUUCAAAACCCAAAGAUCCUAUGGAAGCUGGACAGCCAUCAGAAGUUGUGAGGACAGUGCAGUCCUCACAGGCUCCCUAUCCUACCCAGCUCUUCCGGACUAUUCAUGUGGUACAGCCAGUACAAGCGAUUCCAGAAGGAGAAGCAACCAUAACCAGCACCAUGCAGGAAGAAACAGCAAAUUCUUCCGUUCAGAGUAUUAGAAUAUGUCUGAAGCCCAAGAGUGAAGGACGAUACAGGCUUCAAGCCCAGGUUCCAGUAGUCGUGUCUCCUGGCAACCAGCAGCUGCAUACAGUAACACUCCAGACAGUGCCACUCACAACGGUCAUAGCCAGCACAGACCCAUCGUCGGGUGCCGGGUCCCAGAAAUUCAUUUUACAAGCCAUUCCGUCAUCACAGCCCAUGACUGUACUGAAAGAAAACGUCAUGCUCCAGUCACAGAAGCCGGGCUCUCCUCCUUCCAUUGUCUUUAGCCCCACCCAUGUACAACAGGUCCUCACAAGCAACGUUCAGUCCAUUUGUAAUGGAGCUGUCAGUAUGGACUCAUCUCCAUCCUUCAGUGCCACCACACCUGUGGUGACCUUUUCUCCAAGUUCCCAGCUGGUUGCACACCCACCCGGCACUGUGAUCACAUCUGUCAUCAAAGCUCAGGAAACAAAAACUCUCAAACAAGAGGCAGAGGAAAAGUUUGAAGAGCAUUUAAAUGAAGACACUGAACAGCAGCCACAGCCCUAUGUGAUGGUGGUAUCCAGUUCAAACGGGUUUCCCUCUCAGGUAGCCAUCAAACAGAACGAACUGCUAGAGCCCAACUCUUUUUAAUUAGCACACCAAAGGAAUUAUGGGUGGUUAUUUUUUUAAUUGAACUGUUUUUUCAUUGAGAAUAACCUGAUUUUUUCCUACGAAAAAUCCACAGAAGUCCAUAAUUUUAUAAUUGUGUUCCUUUUGCCUUUUCUAGAGAAGGAGGAAAACCCAAGUGUUUCUCUUCUCUAUAUGUUUCAGUACUUGGUUGUGAAGGAGCAGGAAUUUUAUAUUAUGAAGAAAUUCUUGAGAUUUUUUUCAGUUUCAUAAGUGUUUUUAAAGUUUCUUUUCUAACUUUACACUGUAUUCACUUCCUGAAUUGUUUGUAAAUACUACUUAAAUGUAAGUCAACAGGAAAUUUAUAUAGGAAGUAUUUUCAUUCCACUUGUAUAAUUUAAGUCUUGACUCAGAUUCAAGAAACUUAUUUUAUACUGUUAAAAUUAUUAGGAUGUCACUUAGCUUGACUUUAGUUGGCUGCACUGUUUAAAUAACAUUAUAAAUCGAAAUGUAAGCCCAGUGUGUUGGCACAUGUAAUCCCAGCACUUGGGAGGUGGACAAAGGGCAAUCAGGAGUUC